AACGUCAAACCUAACAAGCCGGUCUCAGAGGGCCUUUCUUCAUCCAUAUUACUUUUCACGCCUUUAAAUACUGGUGCCCCCGAGGAUAAAAACGGGCCCACAGCAGAUGUGUGCUCGCAUGCUUUCCCCACCUUAGGCACUACUCCAGCUUUUGGCUCCCAAACUCACUGUGAAAAAGUGUGUGCAGAGGCUGUUGGGCCAACUUGCUCUACACCCCAACUUCCUCACUUAAAAGACAGUGAUCAGAAACAACGCAACGGUUGGGCCAGCCCGUCAAAAUCAGAUUGCAGCCUUGUUGUGUCAGGGAGGGAAGGACAGCCUUCUUGUGACUGUGAUUCUGGUCCCCAGGCAACACCUCUUCCCCCUGAGUCAGUCCCUCUCAAGACAGUCAGCUGUGUGGAAAUCCACACCUGGAGUCGUGGGAAACAGUCCACCGAACAGACUGAAGUAACUGACCUUCCUGCUUAUGAUAGCUUAAACCCAGGGCCACCUUCAAUUGGUUUCAAAGUUAAAGAACCCUUCCGGUUCUGUUCGGUGGAUGUGAGUGCCAUGUGGUGGGAAAGAGCAGGUUUCAAAGAGCCAUGUAUCAUAACUGCCUGUGAAUACGUAGUUUCUCUUUGGACACCUCUCAAUACUUGCGAUGGGAAAAACUUUAUUCCUGGCACUUCACAGAGGUUCCCAGUAUUACAGAUAGUUCCAGUGCCUGAUGUUUGUAAUCUCGUGUGUGUGCUUUGGGAAAUUUGGAAAUCAGAGAAAUCAGGGCAUUACUUUGUUCCUCUGAUGGUAAACGUGAAAAGCAAGUACUACUGAGUUCUGGAAAUAUAAAAGCUGUGCUUGGCCUGACAGAGAGGAGGCUAGUCAGUAGCAGUGGGACCCUUUGUGACCAACAAGUAGAA